AUGUUCUUAAGACAAGUACACUCUGCAUUUAUGUCCUCAUUAGAGAAUGUCCUUUAUUUCCAAGCUGGACUUGGAGUCUUAGCCAAUAUGUUUCUCCUUCUUUUCUGUAUUUUCAUAAUCCUAGGUCACAGAUCUAAGCCCAUGGACCUGAUCUCCUGUCAGUUGACCUUUGUUCACAUAAUGUUGUUUCUCACUGGAGGAAAUAUUUUCAUUGCAGACAUAUUUGAGCCACUAAACAUUAAGAAUGACAUCAAAUGUAAGGCAAUUUUUUACUUAAGCAGAGUGAUGAGAGGUCAAUCUAUCUGUACCACCUGCCUCCUCACUGUGUUCCAGGCUAUCACAAUCAGUCCCAGUACCUCUUUCCUGGCAAAAUUUAAACAAAAACUUAACAAAUACAUCAUCAAUGCUUUAUUUUAUAUUUGGUUUUUCAAUUUGUCUGUCAGUAGUGACAAGCUGUUCUAUGUUGGUGGUUUUACUAAUCUGAGUGAGACCAAGCAGAUGAAAGUUAUUAAAUACUGCUCACUCUUGCCCAUGAACUAUAUCAUCAGGGGAUUAACUUUUAUACUGUCACUCUCCAGAGAUGUGUUUCUUGUAGCAAUCAUGCUGACCACAAGUGUGUACAUGGUGAAUAUCUUGCAGAGACAUCAGAGGCAAUGCAAGCAUCUUCAUAGCAUCAGCAAACUGAGAGCAUCUCCUGAGAAAAAGGCCACCCAGACCAUCUUGCUGCUGGUAGUUUUCUUUGUGGUCAUGUAUUGGGUGGACUUCAUCAUCUCAACUACCUCAGUCCUGUUAUGGACAUAUGAUCCAGUCGUCCUGACUGCUCAGAAUUUUGUAAUGUAUGCCUAUCCCACAAUUACUCCUUUGGUACAAAUCAUUUCUGAUAAGAGAAUAAUCAAUGUGCUGAAAAACUUGCAGUCAAAGUGCCACUAG